AUUCACCUUUCACAUAGUAGGCGUAGCCAUUCUCUGCACACACCUUGAUGGCGGCACAAAAGCUCCGAUGCCAACAAUUGCUUCAAGAAGGAACGGCAUCUGCAUUGGAAGAAGCAGUUAAUGCAGCGCACUCUUGCUUGGAGCUCGACAAGACGCAGGUGCGCGGGUAUCUACUGCUCACCGAGGCGCUCACCCGACUGCGCAGACACGAAGAUGCCGUGGUGUGGUACAAGAAAGGACUGAAGCUGCACCCCGACAAUGCAGAGCUGCUGGCAGGAUUGAAAGAAGCUCGUGUUGCAGUUCUGAACGACUUACUUGAAGAUAGCGAAGAAGACGAUGGUGAAGAAGGGAUCUUAGCGACUCAUGAACAAUUGGAGCAGAGAAACACAAGCGAGAUUUAUAUAGAGAGCCUACGUGGGGUACAAGCUACAACCGAGAGUGGCGCGCUCCGCUCUACGCAGAUCGUACAGCGCGCACAAGUGUAUGCUACUUCUGGUCUCGAUGAGGUACUAACCAGUAACAGUAAGGAUACUGCGGUACAAGAUAGCAACGAGACGCAGACCACGGUGUUCCAAACCAAGAUGGAACGGAUCUUGGAACACCUAGACCUGUUGAAGCUCGCGAGGAUGGCAGCAGUGUAUAUCUUCUCGGAGCUGUUGAGUCUACGGCGUGUAACAGUUGGAAUUGGACUCUUCUUCCUCGGUUUGCUUGCGCAAGCGAUAAUGCAUCGACAGAAGAUAAUGGUAAUAUCCAUGCUAGUGAUAUGCUUGUAUCGCUCGCAGCUCAAGGAACGAGCUUUACGGUAUGCACAAGAUUGGGUGCAAACGUCUCGCGACAAGUUGAGCGCAUUCACGUGGAUCCCGCGGAUUGUUUUCGCAAUCCCGAUUUCCAUGAAGGUGUUUGGACAUCUGAAGUUUGUGCUGUUCUUGCAGAAAGAUGCGCGUUUAGCAGGGCUCGUGCUUACGGUGACAGUAGCUUUGGUCGCCAACGCGCUGCGCCCUGACGCUGUCCAACAGGCCAAGCUAUGGGGCGAAGGAAGGCGACUAAAGUUUGCUGCUUAUUUCACGACAAUCGCGUACUGGGUGGUUUGGCGUGGCCAAUGGGCUGACAUGAUAAGGCUGCUCGGGCCAGCUUUCAUUGAUGCGGGUGGUAUCGUUCUUGGCUCUGUUUCGUCAUCCGAGAUGCAGGAAGUUUGUCGACGCGCAUUCAAAAGGCUCUACAAUGAUGUGGUGAAUGAUAUACAAGCCGAUAUUGACCUCGACGCAUGGUUCUUUUUGGGUUUGGGUAACUGGGUCGUUGAAUAUUGGCAGCAACCUACAGACUUUUCAUUGGAAAUGCUGACAAAGAUGCUGACGGAGUGCUUUGAGUCAAUGGAAAAAGCAGCAGUGCGGACAUUUAGCCCUGAGUUGCGGCACUUGCGUAGCCAACUCAAGAAUAUGGAGAUUACUGAUGAGCUACAGCUGCUGGUUGCGUAUUUGAAACAGAGUCUAGAAGCUGUUCCACCUCCGAAGCCGUUCGGUAUGGCAGCGUUGUUCGCCAAAAAGUGUCCGUCGUUUGUGGUCUUCGCUCUUCUUGUCGUUUUCUACGGCGUCAUUUCGCUGCCGUUAUUACCGUUUGUUAUGUCCGAGUCUCAAGGCGCAAGAGAUUUGUAUGCUCGCUACAGCACUGGAAGUCUGCAGGAAAUGGAUGGAUUGGAGAUUAUACUGCUAGACUCACCACUCUUCCACGUCUGGACAAAUAUUAAGGGCUGCAUUUACUGUCUAGAAGGCAGUGUCACGUUUUCAAAGGCUGUGGCUACCGGGACGCAAAUUGUAUCGGCAGCUGCAAGAAUCAGGUAUAUCUUCUUGACCUCUCUCAACCACUUAGUAGUUUGUCUAACAGAAUUUGUGUGGUCAUUGCUAGCCGGCUGGCGACAUUCGCAUCUCGCGUAAAGAAAGAAGGUAUUUUUGCGAAUGCCCACGAUAUUCCGGACCAUAUCGCGAAUGCGUUCCUAGUCACGAAAGACUCGAGGUAUGGCAUAACGUUGGCAACUUUUUAUGGUAAAGAUACGCUAAUGCCGUCUAUUGCUUGCCAGUCUGAUCAUUGAUGGGGUGCGGUAUCUCCGAGACAGCACUCACUUCCAGGAUUUACAGGCUUCAAUUGUCAAUUGGUGGUCGGGAGGACAAGCGAAAGAAAACUAGUUAACGUUUUGCUUAGUUAGAAACAUGUAUUCGAGUCGAGAUAUCAUUUCUAUGUAUGUACGGGAGGUGCGUGGGGCGGAGAGGGCAGGACCACCAUGAAAUACGUCUAUGUUUGCGACUCCAGCAACUGCUGUUUGUUCUGUGGCUGCCGCUCUUGUGCUCUUGGCGUCGUUUUUCGUCUUGCCGACAGCCGUCGCUGGAGAUAAAGAACAUUGAGCUAGUUGAAACGACGCUUUUGGUUGAAGCGCUUCAUCUCCAAGAUAGCCGACGAAAGUGGCUGCUCGCUGUACUCGCCCUUUAUCCAGGGGUGGUUGAGUGCCUGUGCUGCGCUGAAGCGCUCUUGUGGUGACACGUUGAGGAGGUUGCGGAUCAGAUCCUUGGCUGCUCGUAUGUAAUAUGUAAACCCCAUUAGAUAAGUGUCGACAUCACAUGAUUCGAGCAAAACAACACGUUAUACCUCCGUCAGAUACAUUUGUCCAGUAUGGGUGAGGGAAGUCCAGCACACCAGAGCGAAUUUUGAGGUACACCGACUCCAGGCCAUUUUCAUCUUCCGAGAAAGGAGGGAAUCCGCACAACCUGAUACGCAGACAGAACUGUAAGUACCCGCAUUAUGUAGCACAAGACGCAUUCAGCCACGUACAUGAUGUAUAAGACAACGCCAAGACUCCACAGAUCCACUUUGCUGUCGUAGCCUUCUCCGUUUAGAACCUCGGGAGCUGAUCACAAGGAACAGAGUCACAGCCUCAAGCAUCAGCAA